AUGCGAUUACACUUGCAGCUGGCAACUGGUCCUGAGCCACCCCACGGGGCACGUUCGACUGUCAGUGUCGUGACCUUGACCCGUGCGCGCACACGCGUGUUCCCGUUAGGGUCCCGCAGUAAGCCGUUGACGUACGCCCUCUGCCUGGAACACCUCGGAGCCGACGUGGUGCACCGCUUCGUGGGGCAGGAGCCAAGCGGAAGGAACUUCAACGAGCUCGUCCUGGACCACAACAAUCGGCCCCACAACCCCAUGGUCAACUCUGGCGCCAUCGUGGUAUGUUCCAUGCUCAAACAGCUGCUUCGACCCGAAAUGACGUCUGCGCAGAAGUUUGAGUUCACGCUCAACUUCAUUCAACGAAUGGCCGGCGGGGAGAAGUUGGGCUUCAACAACGCCGUGUUCGUGUCGGAGCGAGACGCCCAACAGCGUUGGGCCCAGAGUUAUGUGGUGGCUAGGCCAGUCUUCAAACAGCCCGCAGGCACUAAUCAUCGUAACUCGUAA